CACAUUUCUAUUCUCCUAUGUGGCCUGAAGUGUUUUAUGUUUUGAAAUGUAGAUUUGAUUUCGAGCUAGCUUUCAGGUCGGAAAUUUAGAGCGUUGGAGCUGGGUUUCCGAUCUGUGGAUAUUGAUUUGUGAUAUUUGGGAGGGAAACGAUCAACGUGGCUUCUCUUGCAUUGUUAGGGUUAAAGAAAAGUCAAGGGUUUUGAAGGGUGAGGGACUUGUUGUCAUGCAAUGUCGACACCAAUGUGGAGGGUUCAUUAAUACAUACAAAAUGGGUGAUAAGAAAAUUAGGAGUCCAAGUUACCCUAUGAUGAUGGAAAAGGACGAUGACCUAACAUUGUUCUAUGAAAUGAGUAAACCGGAGAAGAAACAUGAUUAUCUACAUCACAAUUCUAAUAUGUUUCAUGCCCCUCUUGGAUCAACUAAGGGAAGUUCUCCUGUAUUCAGUAUUGCAUCAACAAUAACUGGUUUUGAGAUUGAUGUUGAUGAUUUGCUCAGUACGGAGAAUGAUAAAAAUGACUAUGAAUGGUACUCAAUUGCUUAGUAUUUUCUCGUUCUUUAUGCACUUCAAAUCGAUUGUCGAGAUUUUAUUUGGAUUAACUAUUUAUUGGAAAAUGAAGUUGAUUUUUUAUGUCACUUAUAUGUUAUCCAUUCCAAAAUAUCUGUCAUUUGAAUUUGGUUUCCCCAUAUUAAAAAAAUCAUUUAAUAGAUACAUUUCAGCAUCUGGGUGUACAAAAUCAC